CUGUAUAUUAUUUUUUAAUAAUUUUUUAUUCGACGAGAUUCAAGAGAAUCAUUUUGAAAAAUUGAAAAUUGUUGACAAAUCACUAAAAAGUCUGGUUUUUGAUGAGCAAUUAAUUUUUUUCAUGCAAACAAACAAUUCUGUCUUCAUCCACACGUUUGAAAUGAAUCUUAAGCUCCCAGAAUUUCCUUCAUUACCGACAAAACGUGAAAAUGAAGGGAAGAAGUAGGAUAUUCCAUCUUCCACCGUCUGAAACUCGAGUUUCAUAGAGAAAACGUCAGUAUCCCAUUUCUCCACAAAUUCGCAAUGUCAUUCAACUCGCCAAAAUGACGAAAAUAAAUGUAAAAAACGCCCCAGAGCUCGAUAAAUCAUGUGACUACUAACGAUAAUUGUACUAAUAUUCUUGUGACAAAAUCAGAAUUGAUGACUCGAUUGUUUCGAAGUGCUGAGGAUAGAAUUUCCCCCAGCAUUCUCGUCGGAUUGAAAGAAGAAUGACGCUACGGGUGAUUACCGAAUGUUCAACAAAGGGGGGUGAGAUGUAUCGUGUUUUUAUCACUGGCUACCGCCUGGCGGAAGUAACGCACGGUAAAUCAUUCUACGUAUAUACGAUUCAACUGACAGAUGCCAACAGUGGGAUCAAAUAUUCCAUUGAGAGGAGAUACAGUGAAUUUAAUUCGCUCCACAGAAUGCUGUCGUUUCAGUUGAAGAGGGACGGCGAAACGGCGGCUUUUCCGCCGAAAAGAGUGAGAAGUUGUCAGCCCAAAGUAUUAGAACACAGGAGAGCUGCUCUCGAGGUUUACAUUCAGAAAAUGCUGCAGCUACCCAGUACUAGACAGCAAGUUCUCGAGUUCUUGGGGAUCGAGGGAGCGAAGAGGACCGGCAGAAUUCUUUUGAAGAGACUCGAUGGGAAAUCCGGCUCGACCUCAACCGCUGCCCAUGUGUCCCCAGUGGUGGGCCAUCAUCCUGUGAUAACAUUCAAAUGCGAUCCGUACGUAACUGCUGAAUCGCAAAGUGGUCUUCCCGACAUUGUGACUCAGGGAGUUCUACUAGGUUUUUAUAAAUCUGAGAAUUAUUAGGUCCAAUAACUCAUUUUAACUCGUUAUUUAUACUUUCAUACAUUUCUCUUGUCUGUGAUGAAUUUGAAUAAAGAAUAUUGGCUCUCCA